AUGAGCAGAGAAUCAGGUUUAAAAGCUGUGCUGGGUGAUGACACAUUCAAGCAGAUCCAAGAGUCAAAAGUACUAUUAGUCGGUGCUGGUGGUAUUGGUUGUGAAUUGUUAAAGGAUUUGAUCUUGUUAGGUUAUGGUGAAGUACAUGUUGUUGAUUUGGAUACAAUUGAUUUGAGUAACUUGAAUAGACAGUUUUUAUUCCGUCAAAAAGAUAUCAAAAAACCAAAAGCUUCAACUGCAGUCAAUGCUGUUGAACAAUUCAACUUCUUCAAAACUAAAUUGACCCCAUAUCAAGCUUCAAUUUACGAAACUGAAACUUUCCCCUUAUCGUGGUUUAAACAAUUUGAUAUCAUUUUCAAUGCCCUAGAUAACAUUGCAGCAAGAUCUUAUAUCAACAAGAUUGGUUUAUUCUUGGGUAAAAGAAUCAUGGAAAGUGGUACAACUGGUACACAAGGUCAAGCUCAACCAACAUUCCCAAAUAAGACUGAAUGCUAUGAUUGUAUGCAUCGUGAAACUCCAAAAACCUUCCCAGUUUGUACAAUUAGAUCAACUCCUUCACAACCUGUUCAUUGUAUACAUUGGGCGAAAAGUUUCCUUUUCAAUUCAUUAUUUGCAGAAGAUGAAGUUGCUCCAAUUAGUACUGAAAAUAGUGAAGCCGAACUAGGUACUGAUAACAAAGAGGAAAUUAAAAACUUGAUCAAUGAAAAUAACGAACUAAUUGAUUUGAAAAAUUCAAUUAAUGAUGAGAAUUUUGUGGAAAAAGUUAUUGAAAAAGUAUUUAUCAAAGAUAUUGAAAAGUUAUUAUUAAUCACAAGUCUUUGGAAAUCAAGAAAACAACCAACCCCAUUGAAAAGAUCAGAAUUGGAUACUGAUUCAAUAACUGAACAAGAUUUAGGAACUGGACAGAAAAUCUGGUCAAUUGAACAAAAUUUAAAAGUUUUCAUAAAUUCCACAAGGGCAUUACAAAAAAGAUUAAAAACUGAAAAAGAAAUUGAAUUCGAUAAAGAUGAUGAAGAUACUUUAAAUUUUGUCGUUUCAGCUGCAAAUAUAAGAUCAUUCAUAUUUGAAAUCCCAAUAAAAUCAAAAUUUGAUAUUAAAUCAAUAGCUGGUAACAUUAUACCUGCCAUUGCAACCACAAAUGCUAUCAUUGCAGGAUUUUCAUCCUUAUUAUCAUUAAAACUUUUCCAAGAAUCACAAAAAGACCAAAUUAAUUCAAGUCGUUCAGUUUAUACUUCAACUGGUAAUAAUAAAUUCGUUUCACCAUCUUGGUUAACUGACCCAAAUCCUCAAUGUGCAAGUUGUUCAAUCCCUCGUGGUGUGGUUAAUUUAGAUAACAAUUUGACAAUUAAUGAACUAAUUGAAGCAUUGAUUGAUAAAUAUGGAUAUGAUGAAGAAAUCGCUCUAAGUGUUGGAAGUCGGUUAUUAUAUGAUGUUGAUUUUGAUGACAACAAAGAGAAAAAAUUGGUGGAAUUGGGUAUCAUUUAUGGUGAACAUCUUUCUGUUAAUGAUGAAACUGAUACAAAGAAAAAUGUUGAAUUUUAUGUUGAAUUAAAUACAAAGGGUGAAAUCAAUUUCCCUGAUAUUGAAAUUCCUGAUAAACCAAAACCUGUUGAGAAACAGGAUAAUAAUGAUGAUGAAGAAGGUGAUGAUAGU